AUGCCUUUACCUUGUACUGCCGGUUGCGGGUUUUAUGGAAAUGAGAUUUAUAACAACAUGUGCUCCAAAUGUUUCAAAGCCAACAAGACUAAUGAGACAAAGUCAUCUCAUGAUGAGACAUCCGAGAAACUCUCAUCGGCUUCUAACCCCAUCAGAACUUCACUAUCACCUACACCUUCUGUGAUGAGGGGUUCCAUUCCAUCACCAUCAUCAGAACCCACCAUGUCACGCAAACAUUCUCGACCGUCUUCACCCGGAAUACCCGAAACACCUGAACACACAAACCCACUCCCGUUACCUUCCGCAGUUCUCAACAACGAUAAUGAUAAUAAUACUGAUAACAAUAGUAGUAUUAAGGAUAAUAAUAACAAUACCAUCACCACCACUACAACAACCACAACAACUACAACCACAACAACAGUAACGUCAACAUCAAAACCAUUGACACCAAAUGUUCCACUUGGAAAGCAAGCUGCCAAUAAAUGUCGAUGUGACUAUGUGUUCUGCGAUUCCCAUCGGUACCCUGACCGCCAUGACUGUGAAAUUGACUUUGCCCAGUUAGACAAGAAUAUUCUUGCCAAAAAUAACCCAAAAUUACAUGAAAGACCCAAAGGAGGACGUUCAUUUCAGAGAAUCGAUAGUCUGUGA